AAAACCACUUGGAAGACAUGCACUUGAUCGUCUUGCGUCACCAGAGAUUUGGCAAUGAAGUAAGCUGAUCACGUAAGCAUGAACGUACCAGAAUUUUAUUUGAUUACCACAACCUUGCAAUAUAAAUAGCCGUGCCAUCCAUCUUCAAAUUAACCACAUAGCUAGAAGCAGAUACAUUUUACAAUGGCCACCACCACCAUCACCACCGCCACAAAGUCACCCCUCUUAACCGACUUGGCCUCCACCCUGAACCAUGUCCCCUCCAAUUUCAUCAGGCCCAUCAAUGACCGUCCAAAUGUUCAUGAAUUUCAAUCCUUCUCCGAUUCCAUUCCUAUCAUUGACCUCCAAGGUCUAGAUGGUUCCAAUCGCGAAGAAAUCAUCCAAAAGAUUGCCAACGCUUGCCAAAAUUAUGGCUUUUUCCAAAUUGUGCAUCAUGGAGUGCCGGAGGAGGUGGUAGGUAACAUGGUGAAGGUGUCAAGAGAAUUCUUCAGUUUGCCAGAGAGUGAGAGGCUGAAGAAUUACUCUGAUGACAUGUCAAAGACAACCAGGCUUUCCACCAGUUUCAACUUGAAGACUGAGAAGGUUUCCAACUGGAGGGACUACUUGAGACUUCACUGCCAUCCUCUUCAGGAUUACAUUCACGAGUGGCCUGCCAACCCUCCAUCUUUCAGAGAGGAUGUUGCUGAGUAUUGCAAACAUGUGAGAGGGUUGUCACUGAAAUUGGUUGAGGCCAUAUCUGAGAGCCUGGGGUUGGAGAGGAAUUACAUAGACAAAGCACUAGGAAAACAUGGGCAGCACAUGGCCAUUAACUACUACCCUCCAUGUCCUGAGCCAGGGCUGACAUAUGGCCUACCAGCUCAUACUGACCCAAAUGUCAUUACCAUUUUGCUGCAAAAUGAUGUGGCAGGCUUGCAGGUCCUGAAAGAUGAGAAAUGGGUAACUGUCAAUCCUGUUCCUAACACAUUCAUCGUCAAUAUUGGGGACCAAAUUCAGGUGAUAAGCAAUGAUAAGUACAAGAGUGCCCUUCAUCGAGCAUUGGUGAACAAUGAAAAGGAGAGGAUGUCCAUUCCCACCUUCUACUGUCCUUCACCGGACGCUUUGAUAGGACCAGCUCCCCAACUAAUAGACAUCGACCAUCCUGCUCAAUACACAAACUAUGCUUACAGUGAAUAUUACCACAACUUCUGGAACAGAGGACUUUCAAAAACAACUUGCGUGGACAUGUUCAAGGCUUCAAACUAGCUCAUCAUUUUGGCAUUGAUGCGCGCGGCCAUGAUUUCUAAGCUUUGUCAAAGGUUCUAUGAACUUUUUGGUAUUUAUAUUGUAACUUGUAAGAUCGAAUAGUUUGUGAUGUUACAUAAUUUGUUAAAUAAAAAUCAGUCUGAUGACUUCUUGUUA